UGGGAGAGGAGCCCGACCUAAGGUGGCCUCCGGGGAAGGGGGGCCGCUUCCCUGGGGAGCGUCCUGGAACCCGAGCUUGGCUGUUCCUGAGCAGGGAUGGAGCAAGGGCAGGGGGUCCCGUUCCAGCGGGGGGCUGUGCGGCACAGAGACCCCCAAAACCCCUCUGGAUGUCGGGGACGGUUCAGUCCCGGGUGAGCUGAGCCAGCCAGCGCAGCCUCCAGAGCCUCGAGGAGCCGGGGGAGAAGAGAGGCUGGGAGAAACAAAAAGCUGUGGGAGGAUGAGGAGGGCAAACCAGGUGCACUGGAGUCCCACUGUGCCUGGGCUGGGUCGUGCACCAGCAUCUCCCAGCGCUGGCUCUCUGGAGCUGCUGUGAGGGUUCUGGGACCCUGUUUUACCUGGGGCUGUUUUACCUGCUGUAAAACAGGUUUGCAGGAUGCCUAUGCUCAUUAAUUUUAUCAGCUCUGUCUUCCUAGGCUGAAAGACUGGGCAGUGUGAGUAGAGGGCACAGGAUCAGGCCUCGCCACGGUUGUGCCUGGGGAGGAGUGGGGCAACCAUAGAGGCUCUGUGGGUGCCCGUUUGUGGCCGUCUCGUGUGGUAUCUGGGUGCUGCAGGCAUCUGUGAGCUCUGAUAGGGCCCUAUCGCUGUCAGGGCAGUGCACUGGUGGGUUCAGGUCCUCCUGCCCUGGGUACAGGUGGCUCAGGAUCUCAUCCCCUGGGGGGGGAUCCCUCCCUGGCAUCAGGGAGCAGAGACUUAGGGACGAGAGAUGGGUGGUGCUGUGUGCUGGUGUGGAGCCUGCUGGCCGCUGUCCCCAGACCUCACCUCUCUCUGCCUUGCAGCGUCUCUGCCCUUCAUCAUCCUGACCCUGGUGAACUCCCCAUACAAGCGAGGCUUCUACUGCAACGAUGACUCCAUCCGCUACCCCUACAAGGCAGACACCAUCACCCAUGGCCUCAUGGCCGGGGUCACCAUCAGCUGCACUGUUAUCAUUAUAUCAUCAGGGGAGGCAUACCUGGUCUACACUGACCGUCUCUACUCCAAGUCAGAAUUCAACAACUACCUGGCUGCUCUCUACAAGGUGGUUGGGACCUUUCUCUUCGGGGGGGCCAUCAGCCAGUCCCUGACUGACCUGGCCAAAUACAUGAUCGGCCGUCUCCGGCCAAACUUCCUGGCUGUCUGUAAUCCUGACUGGUCCAAGGUGAACUGCUCCAUCUACGUGCAGCUGGAGAAUGUCUGCCAGGGAGAGAGCAGGAACAUCACCGAGUCCAGACUGUCCUUCUACUCAGGACACUCUUCCUUUGGGAUGUACUGCAUGAUGUUCCUGGCGCUCUACGUGCAGGCCCGGCUGGUGGGGAAGUGGGCCCGGCUGCUGCGUCCCACCAUCCAGUUCUUCCUCAUCGCCUUCGCCAUCUACGUGGGCUACACCAGGGUGUCCGACUACAAGCACCACUGGAGCGACGUGCUGGUGGGGCUGCUGCAGGGGGCUCUCAUUGCCGUCCUCAUUGUCCACUACGUCUCUGACUUCUUCAAGCAGCGUCCCCCGCGGCAGUGUGAGGAGAAGGACCCGGAGCGCAAGCCCAGCCUGCCCCUCACCCUGAGCGACCCCGACCACAAUCACUACAGCUACCGGGGUGCCCCAUGAACUGCAGACCUGCCCCUUGCCGUGCUCCUGGCUCCGGGGACAGGGACUCUGGCUCUGUAUUCACCAUUGGCUCCACGGCUCUGGUGCCUCUGGCUGACACAAGUGGGACAGCCCUGCCUGUUCCACAGCGCCGCGGCGCCUGGCUCCCCGUGCCCGUGCUGCUGCCGGUACCUGGCGAUGCCCUGCCCGUGGGAAGGGGAUGUCCUCACCCCCUGUGCGUGUGAGUCACGCCCCAAGGCUGCUGUCCCAGCCCUCCGUGUGGAGGAAGGGAGGGAGGGGAGAGUGGCACACGUGGGGGUGGAUUUAUUGGGCUGGCAAAGCACACUGAGCGAAGAGCAAACUCCCUUGGGAAGUCUGAGAUUGCCUGGGCCAAGUGUGUGUUGUCCCUGUCAAAUUAUCCAGCCAUACAAGUACAAAUCCUCACAGGCACAGAGGGAGGAGGACAACUGCUGGGGCUAGCUAUACUUUUUUGGAAAGGAUUAAAGCAAUCCAGAGCUCUU